UUCAUACACUAUGCACACUCUCAAUCUGGUUGUUGACAGCUGAAUAACAAAAUUUGUAUGUGACUUUCUCUUUCGAAACUUUAUUAGCGCAGCAUCGGGCCGACAAAGGCUUUGUUCUGUACAAGUACAAAAUUGUAUAAUUUUGGUUAUAAUUUUGAUUUGAACUCUUGUAAAUAGCAAGAUAUCGAACUUGAGCAUAAACUCGUAAUUUUUGGAACCUGACUAAAUCAUUAGUGAUAAAUAACAUAAAUAAAAUAAAAUGUCAUCUAUACGCCCAAUCAUUUCCACCACCAAGUCGAGCCCAAUUAAAAAAGUUGAAAUUCUCCAGACCCUGCAUGACAAGCUGCUACAAGGUCCACCAUUAUUAAAUGCAUUGAUCUAUGGGUUGCCAGCAGGAUUCGAGGGGCUAGAAACGCCUGUCGCAAUAACCGUGGUCAGGUACAACAAUGACGACUCGCUGGAGUUGGCCUGCAGCACCCUCCCCUAUGGAAUCACCUUAAUUGGCAUUGCUGAGUUCGACUCGGAUGAGACACAAGACCUUUAUGCAACCCUGGACCAAGUUGAGCACGCCAUUGUUCUGAAGGUGACGAUCGAUGAGGGAAUUGUGUGCUCAACAGGGUUGGAUUUCCUGUCCCCGGUUAAUCUUGAGGUGGUGUCGGAACUAGAUUUUUGGAACAAGCAAGUAACAACAUUCCGGCUGCAAGGACAAUUGCUACUCACGAGUCUUCUAGAAAUUCCGGAUUUGAAAAAUGGUUUCACCUCAGCCAAGUCGAAAGUACAACAUCAAGCAGCAUACUCGUUUGGAAAGCGAGGAGCUUUCAUUCUUCCUCCUGACGGAAAUUUUUCCUCUACAACUGACUACAACGGUGAAAGUACAUCUCACACUAAAGGAAAAGUUGGAGAUUUGCUAAAGUCUUUUAAACAAGAGACAGAGACCAAAGAUAAAACUGUGAGAUAUUUGCCGCCUGCUUCUUUAGUAGAAGUCAAAAUAUUUUUUGAUCAAACUAAGAGUAACAUGGACAACAGCCCACUGGUGGUCGUGUUUGAAAAAAGUGCAUCAUGUAAAUAUUUCGAACACUAUUUAGACUUGGAUGUUUUGGUUGUUAUUCCAAUGAAUGCUCGAAAUAGUCAAUUAUACGAACAGUUCAACCUCGCCGUCUGCAAUCAAUUAGAUUUUGGGUUUUCCAAUUGCAUUCAAAAGCAACUUGUGAAUUCCAUAUCUGCAGAGAAACCUGAGGUUUAUCACUUUUGGCCCGGCUUUGGAAACCAUUUCACUUCUAUCGUAUAUCCUCAAAACACGUGUCUGGAAAAAUUAAAGGAGACUCGUCUUGAGUUACACAACUUGUUUUUUGUGAAAGAAACCCGUCCAUUUUUCCGUCAGCCAGCUUCCUUGUUUCAAACCCUAGUAGGUUUGAUAUCCCCUCAUGUGUCCUUGACCCCUAAAUUUAGUGAGACAGAGCUGGUAAAAGGACAUUAUGAAUAUAGACAUUACAUGCAAGAAGGUUUCAAUGAUGAUGGUUGGGGAUGUGCGUAUAGAUCUUUGCAAAGUAUAGUUAGUUGGUUUCGGUUGCAAGGAUUUACAUCAAGGGACGUGCCAUCUCACAAGGAGAUACAAGAAUGCCUUGUCAGUUUGGGUGAUAAGCCACAGUCUUUUAUCGGAUCGAAGCAAUGGAUCGGUUCAACAGAAGUGUCUUUCGUGUUAGAAGCGCUACUAGGUGUGAGUUGUCGGAUCAUGUCACUUACGAGCGGUGGUGAAAUGGCAUCAAGAAUCAAUGAAUUGCAAUCACACUUUCGAAUACAUGGAACGCCAAUAAUGGUGGGCGGUGGGGUUUUGGCUCACACAAUAAUCGGAGCUAGUUGCGAACCAGAUUCGGAUACUGACGUCAACUUCUUGGUACUGGACCCCCACUACACUGGCAAAGACGAAUUGAAAACUAUUCUUGGCAAAGGGUGGGUUGGCUGGAAGGACAAUAAUUUUUGGAGUAAAAAAGACUUUUACAACCUAUGCAUGCCUCUGCUCCCCGCAUCCAUCUGAAACACAUUCUUCAAUAGGGGCAACAAUUUAUAUUGAAAGAAAAGUAAAACUCAAACGAACAUAAUAAAAAGGUCAUAAUAAUUAAUGUUUAGUUCAUGAUUUAAAAAAAUAUAUGGCACUUGUGUCAUGUCAUGCCAAUUUAAUACGUAUGGUUUAAAAUAAAUAAUUUUCCUCACUUUAUCCAUGAUUGUUAAGUAUUAGUAUAGUUUAAAUUACAGUACGAGUGCAAUCAUAAUAUUAAUUGGGCUGGUCUUUCUUUUUUUAUUUCUUUCAAAAUCGUACCCUCCUUUCCUGUAUCAUUCCAAUGUUUAUUUGAAAUAUCAAAACUAUAAAAUAAUAAAAUGUCUUUGAACAAA